CGAGAUGAUACAUGUAUACAUUUUCAGUUUUCCAGAAAAGUGAAUGUCGUCUGCUUUCUAAACGUAUAUAAAGAAAUGUAUUCAGGAUGUAACACAGUGUAGAAAAAUAAUUUAAUACAAAUUGCGCGUCUCUUCGUAUAAAUUUGAAUUGUUCAUAUAAUAAUUGCUUUGAUUUGAUAAAAUAAGAAUCUAAUGCAAUAGUUAAUGACAGUAUUUUAUGCGAAUAUUAUUUCGUAUUGAUUUUUGUGUAAACAUUUUGAAUCUGCAUCUGAGAUUUAUCGUCUGCUAGUUAAAUUGCUGGCAUAAAAUGGUGAUAUAUUUAGAGAUAAAAGGUGAGGAAGAGCUGAAGUUGGGAGAUUUAAUCCAAUUACCACGAUUAAAAGGACUGUAUUCACAUUGGGCGGUUUACGUUGGAGGGGGCUAUGUUAUACACCUGUCUCCGCCACCUUCUAAAUCAAGCACUUAUGAACUGUGUUCAGUGGUAGCAGCGACAUCUGGCGUUUCAACUACUUCCGGUGAUGAAAUCAACUUCGGGCUAUUUGGUAGCAUCAAAGUACGGCGGGAUAAACUGAAAGACGUAGCUGCUGGGUCGCCAAUAAUCGUGAAUAACGAAUGUGACGACGAAAUGAAACCAUAUCCAAGGGAAACAAUAGUCAAACGUGCAGAAUCCAAACUAGGAUCGAACGACUACAACGGGUUAACAUGGAAUUGUGAACACUUCGCCACGUGGUGCCGAUACGGAAAAGCCGUCUCAAAGCAGGUACCAUUCAGCAAAGGAUUAUCAAGAGAUGCCUACGUAGUACAAUUACACGGUGUUGAAGUUGUGCCACAUGGGACACUCCCGGAUGACGUCAUUACGAUUGGACACCACCCUCAUUUCGGAAUAUUUCCUGUGCCAAUAUUUGGUGCAAUAUUAUUACCUUUUGAGGCAGCUCUCGAUACUUUGCACGAGUUGUUUAGAAAAUAACGAAAUGAACAUUUGAUAAAGUACAUACGCGUCAUGUUCUUUCUGUAGUAUCGAACUGCGUCGUUAAUUGGCCGGUAGAUAAAGUCUGUGUGCCAUACAAUGGCGACAAGCCGUACAAUUGACAACUGUUUCAUUAUUGAUAUUCUGAUGUGUAUUUACAUACUUCAAGGCACCGGGAAAAUAUCAUGACUGUUAAAGGAACCCCACCGGAGUCUAAAAGGCAAAAAAAAAACAUUAUAUUUGAAUUUCUUAUUUAGAUCAGCUGAAGCUGAUGAACAAAACAAAAUGCAAAGAUAUUGAGAAAAAAUAUUCACGCUUAAAGAAAACGGUAAAUGAUCUUGAAUUUUGUACACAAAACGUUCUUCAAGUGGAACAGUAAUGUCGUGAAAUCAUUCCAGGUCCUAUAAAAUAUACACAAAAGUUAAGCUAAAAAUUGUAUGUCUGUGCAAUUCUUAGCCCGAUUUGAGUUGCAACGCUAUUCAAUUCUACAGAAUAAAUAUUCCAGGAAAACGGCAGAAGUGAAUGAUCAGAAAUUUCGUACGCAAAACCUUCAUCAAGGGGAACGUUUAUCUCGAGAAAUAAUUCCCUUUCCUGUCUUGCCAUAAUUAAUGUCCCCUCCCGCCCCCUCCUUGAAUUAUCUGGAACCAAACUACUUAAGUCACAGAGACGGCAAAUAGGCAAUUGGUAGACUGUUGAUUAAUCUUAUUUAUUUGAAAAUAUAUUGUUUAAGAUUAUUAACUGUGGAUUGUGCUUACAAUUAAUCAUAUACAUGUUAAACUAUUGACUACAACUUUUAAGGAAACAUAUAAGACAUUAUUUAGUAGUUGUUUUUAUCAUCACGCAUUGAAGUGCAUGUUACAUUCUGCUUAAGUCAGUUUCAUAAUGGGGGGAAAUGGGGCAGUAUGAGAGUACUGAAUUGGAAUAAUUUUCGACAAAGUGAUGAAACAAAAUUUGUAAAUAAAAGUACACACUCAACGAGUUGAUACUGAUCGUGUGGGUCAAUAGAUGUGCAUAAUCUCUCCAUGUGUGGGGGUGAGGAUUUAUAAUAUGUUUAUAGUAUUGCUUUGUAUAAAUUUUUACGAUGAUAUUAUAUCUACUUUCAAACCUGU